GGGGAGCGGGGGGUGCGCGCGGGGGCGAUCCCGGUACAGCCCAGGGACCCCCGUACAGCCCGGGGACCCCCGUACAGCCCGGGGACCCCCGUACAGCCCAGGGACCCCGGUGCGGAACGGGGACCCCAUCCUGGAGCGGGGGGCCGCUCCCAGUAUAGCCCGGUGACCCCAAACCGAGGGGUAGCUGGUCGCAAGUAGAGACCAGUGACCCCAGACUGGGCCGGGGACCCGUCCCGGUAUAGGCCAGUGCCCACUCGCCGCGUUCUGGGAGCGCGUUGGCCGGUGCUGUCUCCCGAUCCCGUACCAGUACAAACCAGUGGCUCUUGUCCCCGCACUGGUGCCCCUGUCCCAGCACGGACCCCGUUAACGCCUCCCAGUACGGGCCGAGGGCUCCCCAGUGACCUCCUCGUCGCCCCCAGGUUCUGCCCGUGCCGGUCGCGCGGCUCCAGAGACCCUCGGCCAUGGGUGAACGCAAGGGCACCAACAAGUACUACCCGCCUGACUUCGACCCCGCCAAGCAUGGCUCCCUCAACAAGUACCACCACAGCCACCCCCUGCGGGAGCGCGCCCGGAAGCUCUCCCAGGGCAUCCUUGUCAUCAGGUUCGAGAUGCCCUUUAAUAUCUGGUGUGACGGCUGCCAGAACCACAUCGGGAUGGGUGUCAGGUAUAACGCGGAGAAGAAGAAGGUGGGGACCUACUACACCACCCCUGUGUACAGGUUCCGGAUGAAGUGUCACCUGUGCGUCAACUACAUCGAGCUGCAAACGGAUCCCGGGAACUGCGACUAUGUCAUCGUCAGCGGGGCCCGGCGCAAGGAGGAGCGCUGGGACCCCCGGGGACAGCGCCCCGCCGCGGGUAACGGCGUCCCCACAGCCCCAGAGCAGCGGGAGCGCUUGGCCAUGGAUCCCAUGUUCCGGCUGGAGCACGGGGGUGACAGACCGGGGUCCUGGAGCGCGCCACCCCCCACCCUGACGCGGCUGCAGGAAGCUCAGGACGCCUGGAAGGACGAUUUUGGCCUCAACAGCCGCCUCCGGAGGCGCUUCCGGGAGGAGAAGAAGACGCUGCGGGAAGAGGAGGAGGAGGCAGCAGCGCUGCGGGCGAGGGCCGGGCUCAGCAUCCCGCUGCUCCGCGAGGAGGAGGAGGAUCGGCGCCUCGCCGCCCUGCUCACCCUGCGCGCCCCCGACUCCUACGAGGAGAAGCAGCGGCUGAAGCGCUCCGAGAUCUCCCAGCGCUCCUGGUUCGCCCAGGGCACGGCCCGAGCGGGCGGGGGGGGCCCUCCAGAAACUGGCUCUGGGGACGGGGCGAGCGCCGAGGGGACCCCCGGGCCCCCCCCCCGACCCCCGCCGGGCUCGGCAUCGUGCGGCGGCGGGCGGGGGAGGACGGCGGGGGUGCGGAGGGGCCGCCCCGGGGGAACUCCGAGGCCGGGUCGGACCCGCCCUGUGCCGCCCCCCAGGCUGGGGGAGCCCCCCCGGGCCCCCCCGGUGCCGCCCCCGCCCCGUCCCUCGUCGCCGACUACUCGGACUCCGGCUCCGAGAGCCCCUGAGCGGGGUUUUGGGGGGCUGGACCCCCGCCCCCCCGGGCUGGUCUGGGGGGGCGCCGAGCCCCCUGCCCACCCCCAGAGACCCCCCCCCCCCCCCCCACCCUGUAAUUUAUACCCCCGAGCAGCCCAACAUUAAAAGCUGUCGGUGGCCUGUCGUGAGUGUCGCAUGUCGCGCCAUGGGACCCCCGCUCCGGAUCGCGACCCUCGGCCCUCCCCGCGCUCCGGUC